AACCUGAAAAGAAAUGGAUGUUUUUUUCUCCCCGAGUAUAAUCUUCGUGUCUCACAAAUAUUAACUAUUAGGCAUAUUUUUUUUAUUUUUUUUAAAUCACAGUUUGGCUUAACAUGGCGUGUGUUUCCUUCCAAAGCCAGCUGUCGUCCGUCCUGGAGGUUCUGGUCAAAGCAGCGGUGUCAGAAAUAAGCAAACUAGUGGAUGACAAUAGUGCCUUCUUGCACCUGGAAAUAUCCCAGAAGCAAAACGAGAAUGAAGCGCUGAAGAGGAAAGUGCUUAUGGUGGAGAAUAAAAACGCUCAGCUGCAGCGAGCCUUCGCAAACAUGAUGCACAAAGGAAGCGACGUUGGAAACGUUCCACAAGAGACCAAGUGUCCUGUACUGGAAGACGCCGCCAUCUCCUUUGCGAUCAAGGAAGAGAGUUUGGACGAGGUGCUGUGGAUCAAUAAUCCCACCGGGGCCGGUGCGGCGUUGCACUACCAGAAUGCUGAAGAGGGUCAGAGGUUCGAGGAGGACCGCCACUUGGCUCACACCGACGUCUCAGGGAAGAAGACCUUGGACUUUGUAGACGCCUUCGUCUCAGGUGAGCAGGUAGGCGAGGUAAGCGGACUCUCGUUGCUGGUCAAGACGGAGAAAGCGGAGGGCGGGUGCAAACUGGGCGCGGCCAAAGAGAACCAACUUCCUGACUUGUCUUUGGAUGAGAGGGACACUCAGCUGUGGUCGUCCAUCAUCGAAGGCGGCGACAUCGACUCCAGUUUCCCGGACUUUUCCAGCGUGGUCGACGAGUAUUCCGACUCUUUCCCGGAGCAGUCGAACGCUCGCGUCCUUUCUGGCAAAUCAUCAACUGUCCAGCCGCCUUCCUCCCAGAGGUCUUGUAAUGGCGUUUACAACAGCGACUACAAGGACCCGCAGUUGUCCGGUUUUCAGCCCAGACCCCCGCCUACAGCCUCGCAGGCGGACAGGCACAAGGAUCCGGUCUACAUGCAGAGGAACCUCUCACAUGGACUUCUAAGGUGCAGCCAAAACGGGGGACACGCCGCCGGAGACGGACCGACCGCAACGGCGUCGCACAGCACCUUUACAGCCGGCCACCAUUCUGACCUCAUCCACCGGCCGUUCUCAGGUGGGGGGCGGGGCUUCGUGUGCUCGCAUUGCGGGAAGACGUUUGCCCGCCUCCACCAGUUCAAGCUGCACCAGCAGAGCCACAAGAGGAAGCGAGCCUUCUGGUGCACGGUGUGCGGCAAGGGCUUCCAGUGCUCGUCGCACCUCAGCAUCCACCACCGCACGCACACGGGCGAGAAGCCCUACUGCUGCCUGCAGUGCGGCAAGAGGUUCACGCAGCAGAGCAGCCUGAGGGUCCACCAGCGCACGCACAGCGGCGAGCGGCCGUACAACUGCGCCGAGUGCGGCAAGACCUUCAUCCUCAUGCACCACCUGAAGCGCCACUGCGUCAUUCAUACGUAUGGCUGAGGCUGGCCGCAGGUGGCGCUAGAGCCAGCCUUUUUUGCUUCGCUUGUCUUUGGAGAGCAUUCGAGCUUUUUUGUGACUAUGCAAGAAAAACCUCCAUGUAGGAUUUUUAAAGUGGUUUGUUCCUUUUUAAAGACUUUUUCAAAGGAUUUUGCGGCGUUUCCACCAAACGGUACUGUCCAGCUUAGUACGUUUUCAUUGUCAAAAGUAGGGAUGUCCGAUAAUAUCAGACUGCCGAUAUUAUCGGCGGAUAAAUGCUUUAAAAUGUAAUAUCGGAAAUUAUCGGUAUCGGUUUCAAAAAGUAAAAUGUAUGACUUUUUAAAACGCCGCUGUGUACACUGAUGUAGGAAGAAGUAGCGUACUUUUCGGAGUAUAAGUCGCUCCGGAGUAUAAGUCGCAGCGGCCGAAAAUGCAUAAUAAAGAAGGAAAAAAACAUAUAUAAGUCGCACUGGAGUAUAAGUCGCAUUUUUUGGGGAAAUUUAUUUGAUAAAACACCAAGAAUAGACAUUUGAAAGGCAAUUUAAAAUAAAUAAAGAAUAGUGAACAACAGGCUGAAUAAGUGUACAUUAUCCAUCCAUCCAUCCAUCUUCUUCCGCUUAUCCGAGGUCGGGUCGCAGGGAAGCCCAGACUUCCCUCUCCCCAGCCACUUCGUCCAGCUCCUCCUGGGGGAUCCCGAGGCGUUCCCAGGCCAGCCGGGAUAUAUAGGGUCUUCCCCGUGGCCUCCUACCGGUCGGACGUGCCCUAAAGACCUCCCUAGGGAGGUGUUCGGGUGGCAUCCUGACCAGAUGCCCGAACCACCUCAUCUGGCUCCUCUCGAUGUGGAGGAGCAGCGGCUUUACUUUGAGUUCCCCCCGGAUGACAGAGCUUCUCACCCUAUCUCUAAGGGAGAGCCCCGCCACCCGGCGGAGGAAACUCAUUUCGGCCGCUUGUACCCGUGAUCUUGUCCUUUCGGUCAUGACCCAAAGCUCAUGACCAUAGGUGAGGAUGGGAACGUAGAUCGACCGGUAAAUCGAGAGCUUUGCCUUCCGGCUCAGCUCCUUCUUCACCACAACGGAUCGAUACAGCGUCCGCAUUACUGAAGACGCUGCACCGAUCCGCCUGUCGAUCUCACGAUCCACACUUCCCUCACUCGUGAACAAGACUCUGAGGUACUUGAACUCCUCCACUUGGGGCAGGGUCUCCUCCCCAGCCCGGAGAUGGCACUCCACCCCUUCCCGAGCGAGAACCAUGGACUCGGACUUGGAGGUGCUUAUUCUCAUCCCAGUCGCUUCACACUUGGCUGCGAACCGAUCCAGUGAGAGCUGAAGAUCUUGGCCAGAUGAAGCCAUCAGGACCACAUCAUCUGCAAAAAGCAGAGACCUAAUCCUGCAGCCACCAAACCAGAUACCCUCAACGCCCUGACUGCGCCUAGAAAUUCUGUCCAUAAAGGUUAUGAACAGAAUCGGUGACAAAGGGCAGCCCUGGCGGAGACCAACCCUCACUGAGUGUACGUUAUAUGAGGCAUAAAUAACCAGCUGAGAACGUGCCUGGUAUGUUAACGUAACAUAUUUUGGUAAGAGUCAUUCAAAUAACUAUAACAUAUAGAACAUGCUAUACGUUUACCAAACAAUCUGUCACUCCUAAUCGCUAAAUCCCAUGAAAUCUUAUACGUCUAGUCUCUUAUGUGAAUGAGCUCAAUAAUAUUAUUUGAUAUUUUACGGUAAUGUGUUAAUAAUUUCACACAUAAGUCGCCCCUGAGUAUAAGUCGCACCCCCGGCCAAACUAUGAAAAAAACUGUGACUUAUAGUCCAAAAAAUACGGUACAGAGCGCCAUUAAACCGUGAAGGCACUGCCUUUGCGUGCCGGCCCAAUCACAUAAUAAAUACGGCUUUUGACACACUCAUAAGUGAGUGCAAGGCAUACUUGGUCAGUAGCCAUACAGGUCGCACUGAGGGUGGCCGUAUAAACAACUUUAACACUGUUACAAAUAUGCGCCACACAGUGAACCCACACCAAACAAGAAUGACAAACACAUUUCGGGAGAACAUCCGCACCGUAACACAACAUAAACACGACAGAACAAAUACCCAGAAGCCCUUGCAGCACUAACUCUUCCGGGACGCUACAAUAUACACCCCCCACUACCCCACCUCAACCUCCUGAUGCUCUCUCAGGGAGAGCAUGUCCCAAAUUCCAAGCUGCUGUUUUGAGGCAUGUUAAAAAAAAUAAUGCACUUUGUGACUUAAAUAAUAAUAAAUAUGGCAGUGCCAUGUUGGCAUUUUUUUCCAUAACUUGAGUUGAAGUUGUUCUCUUAUUUUGGAAAACCUUAUUACAUUGUUUAAUGCAUCCAGCGGGGCAUCACAACAAAAUUAGGCAUACUAAUGUGUUAAUUCCACAACUGUAUAUAUCGGUAUCGGUUGAUAU